GUUGGCGUGUGAGUGUGCGGCUCAGUCAGCCGUGCGGUCGUGCGUCCUGAUCAGGAGCUGCUGCAGCUGGAUUACACAUCAGCACAUUGCUCUUUCUUGCCUGUUCGUGGUGUUUCGGAUGCUUUCUUUCGCGCUGUGAAUGUGUAGCUUAUGCACAGGGACUGGUUUUAUACCGUAGCUUAGUAUCUUCCUUCCUGACACAGAUCAGAUCCACGGUGAGCUCAUGGCACAGGAGAUUUCUGCCUGCGUUUGGUUUUGCUCAUGAUGUAACCGAAGAAACUGCGGGAAUGCACUUAUUUCUCUCUGUGAUAAACCCCAUGUAAGCACGUCUUUACAUGUAAGAAAGUGUUGAACUCGGACAGAUCGGACAGAUCGGAGGUUGUCUCUGUGGCUGGCUUGAAGGACUGGGAACUGGUCGUAAAUGGAUCGCCAUUCCAGUUUUGUUUCACUUUGGCUUCAGCUGGAACUCUGUGCCAUGGCCGUGCUCCUAACUAAAGGAGAGAUCAGGUGCUACUGUGAUGCUCCGCAGUGUGUUGCCACUGGAUACAUGUGCAAAUCGGAGCUCAAUGCCUGUUUUACCAAGGCUUUGGACCCAUUUAACACAAACUCCCCGUUAACACACGGAUGUCUAGACCCGCUAUUAAACUCUGUGGAUGUGUGCACUCAGAAGAGUUCAGAUGUUUCAAAUGGAGGCCCGUCUCCUAUUGAGUGCUGUCAUGAUGAUAUGUGCAACUACCGGGGUUUACCCAGUAUUGUUCACACACGAAGUGACCCUACAGAUCGUUAUCAGUCAGACGGCUCAAACCAGAACUUGAUCACACGAGUUCAAGAGUUAGCCUCGGCGAAGGAGGUGUGGUUCCGGGCGGCCGUGAUCGCCGUACCCAUCGCCGGAGGCCUGAUCCUGGUGCUGCUCAUCAUGUUGGCACUCCGCAUGCUGCGCAGUGAGAACAAGCGGCUCCGGGUGCAGAGACAGCAGAUGCUCUCACGCUUGCACUACAGCUUCCAUGGGCAUAACCAUGCCAAGAAGGGCCACAUGGCAAAGCUGGACCUGGAGUGCAUGGUGCCUGUGACUGGCCAUGAGAACUGUUGUGCAGGCUGUGAUAAACUCCGGCAGGCUGAACUGAACGCGCAAGGGGGCGAACGCUUCCUCUCGCUCGUGCACUGGGGCAUGUACACAGGCCAUGGCAAACUUGAGUUUGUAUGACUAGCGACUACUUCACCGUGCCUCUGUGCUGGAACUGAACUCACUCGCUGGUCUCUGGGCACCAGAGUGAAGAAGUUCACCAUGCUUGAACUGUGUAGCAUUUUGUUGCUGUACUAUUAUUAUUAUAAUUAUUAUUAUUAUUUUUCCAUUUGCGUUGUAAUUUUAUUGUUUUCCUUUGUAAAUGGAGAGAGAAAUGAAAAGGCCACAGAUGUUUGCCUUGUCUGUUUUUUUCCCUUGAUGGAGCACUUUACUUGAAUUAGAGCUUGAGAGGGCGGAGUUGUUGAAAUAAGCCUUUCAAGCCCUGUCCUGUGAAUCCUUGACUGACACUGAAGACUGAAGGAUUCAUCUUAUUUGCACAUUUGUAUAAAAUCAAGAUGAAAAUACUUUUUGCAUUAUGAAGCAAAAAAAACAAAAACAAAAAAAAAAACACUGACACCAGGGUACAAAUAUGACCUUUUUUUUUUUUUAUUUCAGUCAAGUUCUGUAAAUAAAGGACUCAGUGUUGACUGUAAAUGUUAAAACAUGUCUGGCUAUGCUUUUUAUUAUUUUUUUUAUAAGGCUAUGUGUAUUAACGUGUGCUUUACGGAUGCUCGUUUUCUCUGAAGUUUAGUGGUAGCAGACGGAGGGUAGUUAACACAGGGGCCUUGUUCGAAAGUAGAGCCUUCCACUGCACUGCGUCAUUUCUGAAGCCCCUCCAGAGGGGACACAUUACAUUUCUCUCGCUCUCUCGCACUUGCACUCUGGGGAUUAAUGUUGCAGGCUGAGUGAGUAUUUAUUUAGCAUGUGAGGGAAUGUCAGGAAGCUGUAAGCUCCGAGCCCUCAGCUUGCACUCUGCAGGCACAGUAACACUCCUGUAUUCACUCAGCCUGGAGAUUUCACCUCGCUACAAACCUGCUCCGAGAACUUUGACAUUUUCAGAGUAAGUCAAUAUAGUGGUGUCCAGGUAACUGUACUCACACACUGAUCUGCAAACCGCAGCGCUCUGCUUGACCUACGGCUCACAUUCCACUGUGAAUUAGUUUGCUAUGGAGAUGGUGUAGUAAAGAGCUCAGCAUAUUCUCAGACAGGGGUGAAGACAUUAGAAAAACCACUGAUAUCUUUUAGGCUCAAUUGUAAAUAUGAUAGAUGCUAGACAGAUGUGUGUAAUGGAUCAUGACAUGGUACAGAAAAACGUUCGAUUCUUUCAUACAAUUCUUUUGAUUUUAGUCUUAAAUAGCCUAAUAUUACGUUGAUGUGUUAUGGCCAUAGAUAUAUCAAGUUGUGAAUGGUAAACUGUGCAAGGAGUUCACAUGUGCGCUGUGUGAAUCUUGUGCGCUUAGUGUUGCUAUUGUGAAUAGACUGUUCAGCAGAAGUAAAUAGUGAAUUGUCUGGUGCAUAUGCUUUUAUGAAUCCUGUUUUAAAUGAAAGUGAAGUGUUCAAAGCAGAAAUUUGGUGUUAAACCACAGAGACUUGCAUUAUAACAUAAAAACCAUGAUGUAA